AUGGAGGCUGACGCUCUUGGGGCCGCGGCUGAUGAGGUGGAUUCGACUUCAUCGCCUUCGACAGAGGAGUUGCCGAUGCCGGUAUUCCUCCACCGGCAUCGGAGGGGGCUUCAUCGAACCUCGAGGAUGGUGAGCCCGCCACUUCGCCAUGCUCAGGCUGAGUCGGGAAGCCCGAGAUCAUGGCGGACAGCGAGCGGGGGACGAAGUGGCGAGAGAGGUGAUGAAGAAGCUUCUAGUGGAGAGGCGAUGAGCCAGGAGUCCGAUCCGUGGCUGAGUGGAGACCCGUGGCAGCGCGGACAGGAGAACUAUGAGCCCAAGUAUGACAACUGGUCAUCUCCGAGCUCUUCGGUGAGUGGCGAUGGAACAUCACGGAGGAGCAGUUCGAAUGACUCUUGGCAAUACAUUCAGGACACCUCAAGGGAGUCUCGACAUGUCUACUGGGCUGAUGGUGGAUGGAGCCAAUCCCAAUGGGGUGGAUCUCAAGAAGAUGACAAGGGGAGUCAGGGACCAGCGAUUGGUCAUCGAGCUCUUGGAAGACAGCCCGGGAAGAUGAUGGACGGGCUGGCGGUGAUUGGGGGCGGACUUCAUCCGGCCUUCAAGGUGGACAAGAACGAGGUGCUGGUGUAUGUGCAGGUGAUCGGGCGGCGGCUGGGCGGCCUACGUCCGUGGGUCUACCUGCGGGACUUGGAGAAGGUCCUCAAGUUCACCAUGGUGAUCUUCUGCGCAGUGAGGACUGGUACCUUCGGGGCAACCAUCGGUGGCAAGAUCGUUCAGCACUUGACUGUGGAAGAGGUGACCUCCGAACAAGGAGUGCAACUCAUCAAGCAGGAGAUGGAAAAAUCACCAAUAAUCAGGCUCCUAGACAACAAGAAGAUCGACAAGAGGCGCCAAAAGUUCAUGAAAUUGACUCGGUUGGCCAACGAGAGCAUCGAGAGCUUCAUCAAUCGAGCGGAGAUCUAUCGGCGGGAGAAUGAGGCUUCACCCGCCUAUCGAGUUGGUUCUUGCUUUUAUGUUGGCCACUUGCUCGAUAGUGCAAAACUGACAAGGAAGGACUUGGGGCUCUUGAAAGCAGCUUGUGGAGGAGAUGUCGAAGAUGAAACAAAGGUCAUCUCAGCGAUGUUGGAGUUGGCUGAACAAUUUGAAGGAGCACCACAUUGCCCUAUUGGUCGUGGGGAGCCUCAAUUGGACAAUGAGGACCAGUACCUGAUUCAGAAGCCUGGCACCUCCUCUUCAUCGACCCCACCUACCUCUGCUUCUGAACAUACUCCACGUCGACGCCCUUUUUCACGGGGGCGGGGUGGCGGUGGCUUUGGGCGUUUUCGCCGUGGCCGUAUUCGAGACGCUCUGGUCGCCAUUUUGGAGGAAGAAGACGAUGGUGAAGGUGUGGCAGAGGAACUGGCUGAAGUCUUGGGGGAGGACUCGAUGGAUGAAGAAGAAGAGAGAGGAGAACAGGCCAGCGAUCUGACUGAGUUCAACGACGUCCUAGUGGCGGGAUCUACAUCUGAAGCUUCAUCGACGGCAACACCCCUGGCGGAGAUCAAUGCCCAGGAGUAUAAAGCCCGGAAUCGAGUACGAGAGAUCAAAAAGAUGAGGCAAUACUUCCAGAAGGAAGCACCAGGUGGUCCAGCAGCGGCGAGGAAUGAACAUGUGAAGAAGUGGGUGGCCGAACAGCAGAAGAAGGAACCCUGCUUCAUUUGCCACCAGCUAGGACAUUGGAGCCAAGAGUGCCCAUAUCGUCGCAAGGAGAAGCCAAUGGUUCACUCCGCGAAUGUGACUUUUCCUUCGUCACAGCCACAGCAAGAAGACUGGGCUUUACUGGAGACGUUGGUGUUUGGUGUGAAGGGGUAUGGCCUGGAACAAUCCAAAGGUGGACACUAUGUCAUACCCAUCAACGACUUUGGAGAAACGACGACGAACUCGAUUUCGAGUGAUUUUGCGAUGCAAGAGCGCAAAGAGAUUGUGGUGAUGUCCGAUCCGCGGGGCUCAGCAAUUCGGGAUCGGGAUCCGGACGCCCCCUCCUCACCUGCUGAACUUGCCCAUGUCCAACCGCCGGAAGACUGGAGAUCCGGAGGUCUUCGAGCUCAGUCAGCAGGAAUGGGAAAACGUGGGGCAGGACAACGAGUUAACGAGUUGGAAGAGAUGUCCGCCCAAGAGGAAGACACGACCGGGGUGGCAUCCCUGAGGCAUCCGAUGAGGACAAUGAAGCGACAGUCAUUGAAUCGCAUGCUACGGAAGCCAACAUCCACCAGUCCACCGGGGCGCAAGCCCAUGAGCAAAAUGACCAAGGGCCGGGACAGCAAGACACCGGAGCCGGAUCACCCUGCUUCGAGUUCAGAGGCACAGAUGAGCAUGGCCCAGAUCCAAGCCAUGAUGGUGCGAAUGCAGGAGAUGAUGAUGGCUCAGGGCAUGUCCAGGGAGCAGGAAAUCGAGGGAGAUCAGGGGCACGAUCCGGGUCAACGACAUCGAGGACGGAGUCAAGAGCCCACGAAGACCAAGGACAAGGUGAAGAAGACACCCAGGGCGGUGAGGACGGCGGCCCUCACGGGAGACGAGGCGCCGUUUCCUUCUCUGUCGGCACAGUUCUCGGACGACCCAACGAUGAACCUCAUGAUCAGUCUGCGGUCGCAGACCCUCACGUUCAAAUGGAAGCUUGUCCUGCUCACGUUGAGGAUCAAGCAUGCGGUGGAGAUGGAGAAGCGCCGGUGGAAGCGCAAUCCAAGGUGGAUCAUGAAGAUGCACGGCAACCACAUUGCGAGCCUAUGGGGCCACCUGGGAGCGGCAAGGCAGCUGUGCUAUUCCCCGAAGGUGGCUUGGCUGGCCCAGUGA